CUGGGCUUGGAAGAUCCAGCGUGAUAAUUAAUUAGUUUCUUCCAGCUAGCUAGCGAACCGAUUCGCAUGCAUGAGUGCUUCUGCGGAGGUGAUCCAAGAAUGGAACAAGAAGGUAUUAGAGGUGGAUGACACUGGUGACGAGGAGCGGAAGGGUUUUUUAGCAAACAUGAUCGGAUGUGCCUACGGCCCUACCAUGCAUUUUCAAGCACGAGGGAAAAGCAAAUGGCCACCGAGAACUCACUAAGCCGAGAGCAGUGGCGAUCGGGCCGUACCACCCCCGCGAGAAUUCGUUGACGUUCAACGAAGAGUACAAGUGGAAGAUUACCAGGUUUAUGGUCAAUACGCAGAGCCUCGACGUGGAGAAGUACCUCACGAAGAUGGAUGAGGAGGAGAAAGAGAAUGGUCGCUUCUAUUACAGCGAACAUUUAUUCGAAUGGAUCAGCAGGAAAGAUUUCCAAACAAUGCUGCUGCUUGACAGCUCUUUCAUACUAUUCGUGAUACAUGCAUCCCGCGAAAGCCAGCCGCAGUCCCUAGUCGAGAUCUGGGAUUACAUGACUUUGUGUACAGAUGUUAGAAAACACAUGAAGCAGAUCAAACUCGACUUGUUGAUGGCCGACAACCAGAUUCCCUUCUUCGCCAUCAAGAAACUGUCGGAAUGCUUCCCUGAGCACGAGAUCUUCUCCUCUGAGAGAUAUUCGAUCGGACACUUAGCCUUGUCGUGCUUCGCCGAUCUCUGGCCCACGAGGAAUGAAGAGCAGAAGAUGGAUGACGAAAUGGACUUUGAUAAUCUGCUCCACCUUUUCCACUGGUCUCGAAUACGGGUCGAAGGAUACGAGCUAUACUGUGAAGAGCUAGACAGCGAGUAUGAUUUAGAACAAUAUAUUCCUAGCGCUACAGAGCUCCGAAAAUCUGCUGUAAAGUUUGAGAAGAAACACUCACGCAGCAACUUGGACAUUACAUUCACACGCGGAUUGAUGAAGAUGUCUGGAGUGAUCAAAAUCCCCACUUUGCACCUUUAUGACUACAGCGAAGAAAUCUUCCGCAACCUCAUCGCGUUCGAGAAGAAUCCCACGAACGACGUGCACUGCUUCAUGCCCUACUCAGCAUGCAUGUCCUGCCUUCUGCAGCGCGAGGAGGACGUGAAGCUACUCAGGGAGAGCGGGAUAAUAGCCAGCACAGGCUAUAACGAUGCCGACGUGGUCCAAUUCUUCAAGGGCUUGAAUUCAGAAGUGCAGGAUCGCUUAACGCCCGAUACUCUGCUUCGACUUUACGGUCGCGUGAUGAUACAUCAUAACAGUCGUGUCAGCAGAGCUUAUGGGGGCUUCAAGUUGCAGUACUGCCCAAACACGUGGGUUGGUCUUUCGCUCGUCGCUGCCUCCAUACUCUUUAUUCUCACACUUCUUCAGACAAUAUAUGCAAUAAAACAAAAGUAAAAAAGGUCAAGAGUACGUCGAGACUAAGUAAAAUGUAAGUACAUUUCACCCCCUCAAUUAUAGGCAAUUAUGAAAGAGCUUCCUCAGCGGCCUAUAUAUAGUUA